AUGCCGAGCCCUGUUUACCUGCCUCUGAGAUCUCACCUGCAAAGAGGGCUCAACUGGCCUUCAUUGUAUCCUUUUUUAAGGGGGCGAUGCGCUGUACUGCGUCAUCCGUGGGUCACCUUGGGGCAGUCAACUUGGAAGCGUAGGCACUGCAAGAGGUCUUCGUUGUUUCAGCCAUUUCGCUCAGGAUAUCCACGUAUCAAUUGGAAUUCGCGGAUUUGGGGGAGUGGAAGGGGGCACCGAUUGGCAUUGGAAGAAAGAUCCACGGUGAAGCCUCUAGCGAACUACGCAAAGCUACCAAAGUUUGAACUAUCUGUGCCCAAAGGCUCAACUUCACUGCAUUUCUCACGGAUUGAACUGGAUUUACCCAAAACAGCAGUUCUUGAUAGACCGCAGCAGCUCAUUGCCGAAGCGCAAAAUGCCGCGGUUCGCGUUCUCAGAGAGUCCCUCGCGGGUGAGCCAACCUCCUCUAAAAGCAAGGUUGCCCUGGAAGAACUGAGGUGCUUACUGGGCUUAAAGGGACAUCCAUUUCGUAUUGUGGCACAGAUGGAACGCCCGCAGGCGCGUUCGAGCGGAGCUGUACGCAGGCACUUGUGUAAGGAAAUUUUACCACAGGAAGCCAUCCCCGAGACUCGCAGUGAUCAAGCCUCCCCGUAUCCCUUUGUGGUUAAAUCACUCCAAGAAACUACAAAGAGCAUUCAGGGAAUCGCCGGCACUGUCUCUUUUUUCCGGCUCCUGCAGCUCUGCUGUAACUUAGCUCAACUUGGCCGCUGUCCGCCUCUAUUGGCUGCUUCAGUGUUGCAGCAGCUGCUGUUGCCGCCCCGUUGCCUUCACCCAUCCAGUGUGGCCUUCGGUCUGCAGCUAUCUGCCCUACUUCUGGAGCAGACAAUGCUGCGGGUACAAUGCAAUAAGAGCUCUUCCGGCCCCAACGCCGUUCAGCCUGAUCAGCUGACCCCACACGAUCCCAGCAGACCUCCAAAAGGUCUUCAAGCUCAAACUGGUAGACGGCGGUAUGUCUCUUCACCUACGGCUGUUUCUGGAAGCCUUUCCUCUACUGUAAUCCUCAGUCGCUCCUCCUACCCAGGUUUUCAGGUCGACGGCCACAUACCACAUUCGACGUUGCCUGGCAUGUCUGAGGUGGCAACGCUGCAACGGCUGUCUCUUUUAGUGGCAACGCAGCUCCUUGAGUUGCUGACCCAAAAAGAUGACCUGCCUACGCGACUACCAUUAAAAACAUGCGUAAUGACUGCAGAGGCCUGCAUUCGUCUGCUGAGUCAGAAACCCGACGCGGACAAAUUUGUACAGCUGCCAACAGCGUUUACUACUGCCACUACCCUAUCUCCAGGGGCCUGCCUUCUAGAUGGAGGAAAAACAGCUGAAUCCACGCUUUUCCGGACAGACCCAAACGUAUUGGGCUUGCCAGAGUGCUCAACGCCCUCUGCAGACAAUACGGUGCACCCCGCAAAAGCGAAACUCACAGAAUACACCCUACGAGACACGCACUUACCAAUACCCGUUCCUUCCGGCAUGCCACCGAGAGCUAUUUGUGACUUGCGAGUCGCUAGCGGAUUGUCAGCGGUAGCUCUAUGGCAUCGUAUACAGAAGUCUCUGGCUCCUGCAGUGGCAAUGCUGCUGCUUGCCGAAGCCAGCGCCCGUAAAGAGCGCGGCGCAGUAGUGCUCCGCAAAGAGCAGGAGGCAUAUGGACGGGCAGAUGAAUUACUGGCGGCCGCAAUGUCCGCCGCUCUCAAAUGCGGAUUAACACGCUUAGUAGCCAAGAGGCUACUGUUGCGUCUUCUGUGCCGCCUACAGCAGCAUCAUUCUAAUGUUUACCAGCUGCCUGCACUGGGACCGAGUAAAAACCGGGACGUGGUUACUGAUACGCAAUUCAUGUGUGUGCUGGAUUCCAACGCUGAUGUAUCACUAAGGGGUGUUACGGCAAGCGUUCUAACACCAGUCAUCCUCGCUUCGAUCUGCCGUUCGCUUGCCGUUGCUGGAGUCACCAUUGGAACAUCAGAAAUAACCUUUCUCUUCAAAGCCAUUGGGGCUUCGUUGCAUGUUCAUGCCAUGAGGCAGUCUAUUUCCGGUUUUGGGUCUGCUGGCCGUGUCAGAAAGUCUUCAGAUAAACGUUGCUGUACCUUCCCUGCUGACUUCGAUGUCGUUGGCGGCCAGAAAAUCCCUCGUAAAGCGGAUGUGUGCACUAGUACUGAUCCUGCGCCACAUAAUCUUCCGUGCGCUUCGGCGAGUCUGUCCCAUAUUGAGGCUUCGUAUGGGAAUUGGUGCACUGUGCUGUGGGCAGGGGCAAAGAUCAUAAAGGGUGCCUCCUCCAAUUUGCUUGCAGAAGACCCCUUUUUCCUGAAGAGACAAAGCCUGAUUCUGUGCCAACUACUUGUUACCCUUGUUGGGGGGCUUUCAACUGCGGAGCCCGCAGAUGCCGCGCAGAUUGCUGAAGCGUUGCGACUGCUUUUGCUACUCGAUCUGAGGCUAGACUCUCACCAGCCAUGUCUCACAGCGUGCAUACAGCAGUCAAGGCCUCUGUUGCUGCGCCAACAACUUUUUCGAGCAGAGGAACUCCUUUCGACCUUGCAUGCGCUUGUACAGUACUUCAUGGAGAAUCAUGAAAGAUGUGGGGCCCUGGAACUUUUAGGAAUUUUGCGUUUAUUUGUACAAUUUGACCUUCUGCAUUACAUUGACGUCAAGAUGUACAAAACAGGAGAAAAAUUCCAUGUGCAGCAGGAUGGGAAUUGCAGGGCUCUAGCCACAUCCGGGCAGUGUAAAGAGAAGCUGCUGGUGUCUGCUACAGAAUUCUUGAAUUGUGUGAUCAAGAGGCUUUUGAGCCUUAAUGGAACGCAGCAAUUCAAUGUCGACUGUACAGCUUCCUUGGAGAGUCCCCUGCAAUUGGGGCAUGGUGCUUUUGUUCAUGCGGCUGACCAGCCGCUAGGAAUGUUUGCACAGAGCUUACUGCGCUCGGUUGCAGUGAAAUACCCCGAGGAGCUUCGAAGGAUGUCAAAGGUGCAUCAGGGAAGUGUACUCAGGUACCGUUGUAGAGGACAUUCACACAGUGAAUGGUGCAAAUUUCGUUAG